AUGUUUUCUUGGUAUCAGACUGCUGGCCGUUGCUAUGCUAAUCUUGCCGAUGUGCCCGACACGUCAGCUUCGACGUUCGACAACGGCUUCCGACGAAGCCGGUGGCACACCAGAGGAUGGACAUUGCAGGAGCUCUUAGCUCCCCAAGACCUAGUCUUCUACAGUCAAAGCUGGACCAAGCUAGGAGAGGAAGCCUCUAUGACUAGCAUGAUCGAAGAGACCACUGGCAUUCCUGCUCGAUUCCUCGGCGGUUUCCGGGAUGCAAGCGUUGCCCAGCGCAUGUCCUGGGCUACCCAGAGAGUGACAACGAGAGGAGAAGACAUGGCCUACUGCCUUUUCGGUAUUUUCAACGUCAGUCUGCCGAUCAUAGACCUCUCACUGGCCGAAGACAUCAGAAAGUUUGAUCGUAGGUACGGAUACAGCAUUGAAGUACCAGCCUCCAGCAAAUUGGCCGUGUUCGAUGUUUACCCGAAGGAUCGGUGGGACACGCGCAAGAGAUUCGGCAUCACUGGCGUUGACUUCCUACGCGACACUAAACAGCUUUCAUGGAUCAGACUCCGGCACAAUGAGGAGCAAAGUCCGGACUUUGUCGUCAUGUUGGAAUUGGAAAUCAGCUCGUCGCAACCGCAGCUAACAUGCCAUCUCAUGGUGGCCUCCAGAUCCAUGGAACCGGACACCCUUGCGCGUGAGAUCCCCGCUCUUCCCUCCCUCUCGCGGUUCACUGGAACAGAAAGAGCUAGCAAUGGCUGGUGCAAUUUGACAGUUCAGCAAACAACCAAACGUCAAGGCGGCUAUGUCGUCUACGAAAUAUCGUUUGCUGAGUUGGAGAGACGACAAAUCGACUAUCUGGACAUUACUAGCGAGAUUGAGUUGGUCGCGUGUGAUCGUCGGCUUCAAUUUCUAUUUGAAGAGGAUAUUCAACUAGGUCCAAAGGUCAACAGAGCAGCACAUUCAGUUCUGGAAAAACAGGCGGACAUUAAGUACAAGGAAAUUCGACUUUCAUCAAUGAAGAAAGAGCUCGAGCGCUUGCCAUUAGAAAUGGCUGAAUCAGAGAGAUUCCUGAAAUCCCUCACCAACCAAGAUGAAAGAAUUCAAGAGAAAAAGAACGGGAUACUUCAGUCAAUAUCCUCCCUCAGCGAACGUUUACCAAUGGGUGUGGGAGUACAGAGGUUGAUGCAAUGGCACAAUUCAGUCGCCCAAAGCCUCUCCCGCACUUUGCCAGCUCAAGAUGCAGAUAUAGAGUCAAUUCUCGACGAGAAGAUCAGGUUGUUCAUGAGGGCUAUUGCCAUAGGCCAUCUAGGAGCGAUGGAAUAUCUUUCUGGUCAACUGUAG